UGUGUCAUAUUAAUUCAAUAUACAGUGUGCCUUACGUUUCGUAAUAAUUGAUUAUCUAUGCUAACGAAAGCGUUAUAUAAUAGAAAAAUGAACUGUUUUGUUCGCUGGAGUGUCUAAACUGUCCUAUUCGCAUGCAUAAUAACACGUAAAAUGCUUAUUUUAAAUAUAUUGUUUGCUAUUGCACGUCUUUGUGACGGCUAUUUAAUGAUGGUGACUGUAUAGAACCUCUUGAGAAUCAAGGUCUGUUAUUACUUUGCACUAUCCCCCAUUUUGCUGAAAUCGGCACAGAGAUGCACUGUACCUUUAAGUAAUCACCUUUUCUUUGGUGCUCUCUCUCCUUCUCUUUCGCUCUCUCUCUCUCUCUCUCUCUCUCUCUCUCUCUCUCUCUCACUCUCUCUCUCUCUCUCUCUCUCUCUCUCACACACACACACACACACACAGGCGCGUGCUGACGUCGAAAAUGCAUCAAACUGUCUGCCGCUUUUGCAGAAGCGGAUUCCUUCUUUAUGAGUCGUUUUUUAGAUCUAAGAGGAUGUCCUUUGGGGAUAAGGGAUACUUUAACCAGCGACAUGUGUAUACAUGAACGUGAAAUUAGUUGUUUAGUUCCUUGAAAUGUGUCUUUUUCCAUUCAGAUAUUUGCAAGAAUGUGCUUGGCGACAGUGCCGCUGAGCAGUGGGCGGUUUCUGUCUAGCGUUCGUGUCUGAGUGCUGCCGAAACCCGUUGCAGUGACUUAGGUUGCACAUUUUUUUUUCUGUAAAACAACAACACGAUUAAUGAACUUAAAUGAAGCGGUCAAGGCAUUUUACAAUUGCGCGUAAAUCUGGCAAACGUGUUUCUUAUGUUUGUCUGUGCGUAGUUAAAACUCGAGGGAUCGUAGCUGCGAUUCGAUCCUCCCUCUUUUGUACUCUUCUCAUUAUUCCUUUCGGUGAGUCUCAAACGUCCUGCCUCAAUGCUAUAAAUACGGAGGAUGUCCAACCCUGAGAAAUUACUCUCAUCACGCCCCCUAACCCCCUUAACUACUGGGAAAACGCACAGAUCCACAGACAGCAUUCACGUUUACAGCAGUUUGUCUCCGGAAAGCGGCUGGGCAUGUAGUUCCGCCUUUUUCGCAGCGACACCGAGGAACAGCAGCCGGGGACGAGGCAGUAGCAUCGCCGCGCACUCCGCAAUUCCCCGUCUCCCUUCUUCUCUGUACUCCUCGCUAUCCCCUCCGACAUCCUCCUCUUCAACGCGCAAACUUUCUGGACUACCACGACGGGGAUGUGGUGGAUCGGCGUUUAGGUAUAGUGAGGCAAGUAGGGGCGGACAGCUGUGGACAUCGUACUCUGCACGCUCCGUUCACGGCUCUCCUCCGCCCGACGUUCACGGACUGAUCAGACCUCAUCCACACGCGUUCUGGUUGAACCAUUUCCUAAACAGCGGGACUGCUUAUAGUCGGAAUUACAACAGCGGCGCGUUUUUCUCCGUUCCUUCUCCCUCUCCGCGUUUGGAGCCAGACAUGGAAGAUGGUCCGCCUUCAACAAGCUGUUUCAGAAGGCUUACGGACUGUUUUGUUGGUACAAGUCUUACGGAUGAGAAGGUGAAGGCAUACCUUUCUCUGCACCCUCAGAUGCUAGACGAGUUUGUCUCAGAGAGUGUGAGCUCAGAGACAGUCAGUAGAUGGCUACAGAGGAAGAACAGCACCAGGAUAAGUGACAAUUCAUCCACAAAAGAAGUCAGCAGGAGAACUGCCACAGAGACGCUUUGCGGAGUAACAGCUGGAUCACUAGCCUUCAUAAGAUGGGCAGCGUACCAGGACAGCAAUAUGCAGGGUGUGGUGUACGAGCUCAACAGCUACAUGGAGCAGCGUCUGGACACUGGAGGGGACAACAAGCUCCUGCUCUACGAGCUGUGCAACAUCAUCAAAACUGCCACGAAAGCCGAUGGAUUUGCACUUUACUUUCUUGGAGAAUGCAACAAUAGUUUAUGUUUGUUCACCCCGACUGGAGCGAAGGAGGGGCUUCCCGUGCUCAUCCCCUCCGGACCCAUCGUGUUCGGCACCACCAUCGCCGCUCACGUCGCCAAGACGCGCAAGACACUGCUGGUGGAGGACAUCAUGGGGGAUGAGCGCUUUCCCCACGGCACAGGGCAGGACUCAGGGAGCCGUGUUCACUCUGUUCUGUGUUUACCCAUCCUCACCGCCAUCGGUGAUCUCAUCGCCAUCCUGGAGCUCCAUCGCCAGCGGGGCAGGGACCCCUUCAACCUCAGCCACCAGGAGGUUGCGACAGCAAAUUUAGCGUGGGCCUCUGUGGCCAUUCACCAAGUGCAGGUCUGCAGAGGCCUGGCCAAACAGACUGAACUCAAUGACUUCCUGUUGGACGUUUCAAAAACCUACUUCGAUAACAUUGUGGCAAUAGAUUCUCUACUUGAACAUAUUAUGAUAUAUGCAAAAAACCUGGUGAACGCAGACAGAUGUGCGCUCUUCCAGGUGGACCACAAUAACAAAGAGCUGUACUCAGACCUGUUCGACAUCGGGGAGGAAAAUGAAGGAAAACCCGUCUUUAGGAAGACCAAAGAAAUCAGGUUUUCUAUUGAUAAAGGAAUAGCAGGCCAGGUGGCAAGAACGGGAGAGGUUCUGAAUAUUCCAGACGCCUAUGCGGACCCUCGCUUCAACAGAGAUGUGGACCUGUACACUGGCUACACCACCCGGAACAUUCUAUGCAUGCCUAUCGUGAGCCGGGGGACUGUAAUAGGUGUCGUACAGAUGGUGAACAAACUCAGCGGAAGUGCCUUCACUAAAACAGACGAAAACAACUUUAAAAUGUUUGCUGUCUUUUGUGCACUGGCCUUGCACUGUGCAAAUAUGUAUCACCGGAUCAGACAUUCGGAGUGCAUCUACAGAGUGACGAUGGAGAAGCUCUCCUACCACACCAUCUGCACCUCAGAGGAAUGGAAGACCCUCACUCAGCUGUCCCUGCCCACGCCCAUGUACAAGGAGAUAGAGAUGUUCCAUUUUGACAUAAGUCCAUUUGAGGAGCUCUGGCCAGCUGUCUUUGUGUACAUGGUCCACAGCACCUGUGGGAAAAACAGUUUUGAGCUGGAGAAGUUGUGCCGUUUUACCAUGUCAGUGCGGAAGAACUACCGGCGGGUUCCAUACCACAAUUGGAAGCACGCAGUGGCAGUAGUGCAUUGCAUGUACGCUAUCCUGAAGAAGACCCCUGAAAUGUUCACUGAGCUGGAGAGGAAGGGCCUGCUGAUAGCUUGUCUGUGCCAUGACCUGGACCACAGGGGGUACAGUAACAGCUACCUGCAGAAGUUUGACCACCCACUGGCUGCCCUGUACUCAACGUCCACCAUGGAGCAGCACCACUUCUCCCAGACUGUAUCCAUCCUGCAGCUGGAAGGGCACAAUAUUUUCUCCAACCUGACCUCCAGUGAGUAUGAGCAGGUGCUGGAGAUCAUCCGUAAAGCCAUCAUCGCCACCGACUUGGCCCUGUACUUCGGCAACCGCAAGCAGCUGGUGGAGCUGCUGUCCACUGGAGGGCUGGACCUCAACAAUCAUGCACACAGGGACCGUGUGAUUGGUCUGAUGAUGACUGCUUGUGACCUGUGUUCCGUCACCAAGCUGUGGUCAGUCACAAAAGUCACAGCCAAUGACAUCUAUGCGGAAUUCUGGGCAGAGGGAGAUGAGAUGAAGAAAAUCGGCAUACAGCCAAUUCCUAUGAUGGACCGGGACAAGAAAGGCGAGGUCCCCCAGGGACAGGUGGGGUUCUACAACGCCGUGGCGAUACCCUGCUACACCACUCUCUCGGAGCUCUUUCCCCCUUCUGCCCCCCUCCUGAAGGCCUGCAGGGAAAACCUGAACCAAUGGGAGGGGAUUGUGAAAGGAGAGACGACCUGGGCCCCACCCCCCACCCCGGAGGCAGCUGAGCCGUUGGACACGGGCCCCGUGAAGGUGGAUAACUGACUGGAGCUGGGGCCGCAGCGGCCAGGCCCAGCCCGCACGCCACCCAAGCCCAGCUCAAGACUUUGGAUUUCCUGUUCGAAUGUCCCACUUCCUGUAGUGGCAGGAAGUGGCGAGUGCCGUGUGUAGGGAAGGUGAUUUUCACUAGAGGACAUUUUAAAACCAUACAGUUACCUCAAUGGAGCGAUGGAGGUUGUGGACGUGGACAGUUGGACCGUGACUCAUGACUGAGCGUGGAGAUUUUCGGGCUGGAAAGCCCGUCACCUGAAAAGCCCAUACCACGGGGGGAUAGCCUCGGUGGAGUGGAGUGGUUUUACUGCGUCUUAUUUUUCUGCUGUCAUCGUCGUCGUUUCAUGUUGUUAUGAUUUUUUUCCGUUUUUGGUCGAUUUAUCGGUCAUUUAUUUGCUGAGGCCUUAAAUCUGAGCCCUUUGCACAGCGGAAGAUUUUAAAUCUGACUGUAAAAAACUCAAAGGGUUUGGUUUGUUAUGAAAUGGUACUUUUUCAGUUUUUUUUUUUUUUUUUUGGUUUUGUCUUUUGUUUGUUUUUUAACUGUGGUUGAAUUUUAAUGUGCAAAGCUAUAGGUGAGAGGCACGGAAUGUUUAGCUUUAGUGAAGAUGUACAUCUAGGCCAUCUCACCGCUGUGGUUUUCUGUUGCUGAGAGAAAAGAAAAAUCUUUAACAGUAAUAUACUUGAAUGAAAUACAGCCUAUUUUAGCUUCAGAUGGCAAAAAAUAUACAUAUAUAAAUUCCCCAGCACCCCUGUGCCAGACACAGGGAAGGAUGAGGGGCGGUUUCAGAUUCCCUCUGCAGUCACACAAGAGUCAUGGUGAUCGUCCCCAAAAUGGCUGCCCUGGCCCCCUUCCCCUGCUUCCACCAGGUCUGCCGCGCUGGCCGCUCACCUACUACAGGUACACAGCACUGGGAGGCUUAAGACCCAGGGCAGUGCCUGCACUGCACUCUUGGGAGGUGAAGGGUAAAUGAGGGCUUGUCCAGUUCCUAUACGAUUGAGUGAGGGUGGCCAACCGAGGCCCUGGAGAGCUGUAGGGUCUGCAGGUAAGGAGUUUGUUACACAGGUAUCUUACCUCAUCUGGUUUCUUCAGUCUGAACAGGUUGCUGAUUUUAAGGUGAAAGACUAAAGUAAAGAAUAACCCAAGGCGCUCCAGGACCAGUGUGGCUCCCCCCCCCACUAUAGUAGUGAAUGUGUAAUGUGGACAGCUGGUCUGUAGACUGUUAUACUGUAGGUGAUUGAAAAGCAAGACUGUGGGUUUCAAUUUAGCCAUAACUGCAGCUGAUCAUAAGUCACUUCUUUGUGAAAAUGGUAGUGUUCACAGUGUAUUUUUACAUAAGCAAGUUAAUAUUCAUGAAUGCGUUUUGCUUUAAAUAUGUGAGCAUCAAAGCGUGGGGUUGUAAUCACUCAAUUUGGCUUGUUCCGUGAUUCCAAAAAAAAAAAGCCCCCCUUUAAGUAGUAUUAAUGUUGCCCAGUCGAUAAAGCUGUGUCUGUUAGAUUUGUGGUUCGGACAGUAUCAGUCCAAACCCUACCGCAGUUAUUGCCAAGGGAAGAGGUGGAUUUUUAAAUUUUCAUUCCAAAUAAGUAAAACAGCACCAUCUUUCUUUGGUGAUUAGUGGAUGACCAAUGCUAUGCUAUAUGGUCAUAUAGUCACUCUCUUAUCUCUUGUUCAUGCCUUCCAGAUAUGCAUUCCUCUAGUCCCACACACACACACACACACACAAAAUAACUGUGGAGAACGCCUACUGUUCAGGUAAAGUGAAACUUUGCUGUAAUGUUGUAGCAACAUUCCUGGCCCCCUGAGAACAGCACCAUAUAGGUCUUUUACUUUGGGGCCAUGAAAUGCAGUGCAGUUUAUUAGUGACUGAAGCACAGAUACUGUAUCUAGUUCUGCCAAUAUUCUCUGUCAGAAAAACACUUUACUUGACCUGGAUUUCUGUGAUUAAGUUCAGGAGUGAAGCUUGUCGCUCAUAUUGCGGAUGGGAUCCGCUUACAUGCUCCAUCCAUUACAGGCCGUCCACCGGCCCUGCCCACGUCCGUCAUAUGAGCCAGUAUCUAGAGAAGGGUUCCAUGGGAGCUGAACCAUAAAGAGGAACUUAGAAAAUUCUAACAUUGUCUUUGGUAGAUGUUAGAUCGAUGAAAAUAAUACAAAAAAUAAGGGCUUUUUAAUAGUCAGCCUUUACCAAUGUCUGUUGUAAUUGUGAGGUUAACUUAGAAUCCAAAAAAAGAACAAUAUUUGCCUGCUUAAAAUAAAGUCUGUGCAGUUGUCGCCUAACUUACCUAAUAUAGGUACAUUUUUGUUGGGAUUUUUACAAACAUUUUUCAUAGGACUACUGACAUGAUUUGGCAGGUGGGGCUAAUUCCACUUUUAAUAAUCUAAUUAGGAAACUGGGGUCAUAUUCACCCUGUGUGGUAUCCCUUCUGGUGUAUGAUUAGAGUUUCAGCUGUAUGUCUCACCAUGAAAACCAUUCAUGUUCCUGGAAGUGUUUCUCCGCUCCCCCAGCACAACCUAGAGUCGAUGACAGAAAAAGGUAUAAGUGGCCAUUUCCGGUACAGGUAUGCCGCGGCCCAAUGUGUGAAGGUACAUUGUGAUGAAUGUUCUGAUGAAAUGUUUGAUGAUGAAAUUAAUUCUGGGAGGUGGUGAAACCUGAGGAGAUGUGCUUUCUGAUAUCAGUUACUCUGCCUUGUGUUACUUUUUCCUUAAAAGAAGAAACUUCCAGAAGCUCUCUAUAGUCUGCCAUGUAUUCACUGAGUAGCACUCGGAAAAGGUGUAUAUCGGUCUCUGUGUUCUAAGCCAACAUGGAGAGAGUGGGCUGUACACUCUACUAUGGUGCUAAUUUAGGACGGCAGUCUUGCACUUUCUGACCCAUUUCUCCCGACUCUGUGGUCUAAACAGCUUAGUGUUGUGUGUCCCCCGUCCCCUUCCCCUAACCCCCCCCCCCGCCCCAAACCCCUGGCGAAGCCUGCGUGUUUUACACACAUUUGCACCCCUCAUCUGCACUACGUCUAGCUACUUAUUAUCAUUAUUAAUGAUUAUUAUUAUUAUUGGUAUUAUUUUCUUAAUUAGAAUUAAAUUUAAAUUAACUUAUAUUUUUUAUACAGAAAUAAUACAUUUUGGCCUUUUUGUUUUGUACAAAGUGUACGAUAUGAGAAACACAGAAUGGUCAUCUAGACUUGAGCGUACUGCUGCCCAGGAUAAAUGAGAUGAUGUCUCAAACUGUAAAUGUAAGAACAUCAACUACUUUUAUUAAAUAUUUCUGAAAAUUC